GAAAAAUAUAAUUCGGCCCGACGCGAAUCGCAGCGUACGACGAGACGCGGCGUGAACACUAGCCUUGCGCAGUGCUACAGCCAGCGGCGCCGAAGCGGCGCACCGCUAUCGACGGCGCACGCCAAAAAAAGGCUUUCCCCCAAGGGCCACUCAGAGCAGCCGGCUAAAAAACGGCGCCGCGGGCUCUUCGCAGCGCACAACGCAACGUAAAGUAAACUACGAGGAAACGCCGCCGCGCGAGCCGCAGCGUUCCACCAUGCGACUCUUCUUUUUAUUAACCUCGCUGGCGCUCACGACCUCUUCUAUCUUCAAAAAGCACGACAAAGGCAGCGACCUCCACUACGAGCAGCAGCCCAAAUAUCACGUAAGACCGCAGCAGGGCUGGCUCAACGACCCGAACGGGCCCGUCUUCCACGGCGGCAAGUAUCAUCUCUUCUUUCAACAUAAUCAAGAGGACGCGUCCUGGGGGAAUAUCGUCUGGGGCCACGCCACGUCGGCCGACUUAGUGCACUGGGAACUUGCGAGUCCAAUUCUCACGAAACCGCCUUCUUAUGAAAAAGGUGGGGCCUGGAGUGGAUCGAUGUUCAAGCGCGGCGAUGAUAUCGUCGCGUUGUACACGUGCACCGACGGCAAGUUCCGGAACGCGCAGUGCGAGGCUAUUGCUGAUGACGCUUCAUUGUCUUCAUUCACUCGUAAUGCGAACAACCCCACCAUAAAAACACCACCGGAAAACAUACCACAGGGCGCCUUCCGCGACCCGACGGAGCCCUACCACUUUGUUGGGAGGGACUACACGUUCAUCGGCGCGACGGACGCCCGGGGCCCGCGCGGCGUCGUGUUGGCCUACGACCUCGAUGGCUAUGGUUUCAAGGGCCACUUCUACGAAGCGCCGCCCCUGCAACAGUGCCUGGGCUGGCGCGACGGGCCGCGGUGCGCUUCUGUGAUGUUGGAGUGCCCCGACGUCUUCGACCCUGCUACGACACUGAGUGAAGCGACGAUUCUCAAGCUGUCGCUCGGUGCCGCUUUACGGAAGGACGUCGUGUUGAUCGGCGCCGUCGAGGGCAACGCCGAAGGCCGGGGCCCGUCGUUUAGAGCGAAGGAACACCGGACGCAGCACCGCUGCGACGGUCCGGAGUAUUUGCCAGGUGCUAUUACCUUAGAUUGUGGGAGCGCGUAUGCCUCAAAAUCCUUCACCGACCAGCGAGGCCGGAGAAUCUCGUGGUCCUGGCUGCCCGACUACGGCGGCCCGGCGACGCCGCCAGUUCUAAGGUACAACGGCACGCUGACGCUGCCGCGCGUGUUGACCUUGGAGAAAGGAGAGUUGCGGUCGCGGUUCCUCCCGGAGCUGAAAGAGCUACGGAUGGCCAAGGACGCGCACCACCUCGCCGACGGUGUGGAGACGAAGCUGCGACACAUGGCGGACCAGUCCGAGCUGAGGCUGUGGGUCCCCCAGUCAGAGCAUGCAGUGACCGUAUCCUUUAAGAGAUACGGUCACGAGUUGCGGGCCAACGUCGCCUGCGCCCGCAUGGUCUGCCGCGUCUCUAUUGUCACAAUAGCCGACGGCGAGGAGUAUAAACCGUGCGAGGCCCUGACCUUCGGGUGGCCGGGCCUCACCGUGCCUCUGAUUGUGUAUCUGGACGGUUCGUCAGUAGAGUGGGAUCUGGGCGACGGCCGGAGCUCGUGCGCGCACCGCUGGUACGGCGUUACGCCGAGCGAGCACGACGGCGACCUCGCGGUGACCGCGCGCUUCGUCGAUCAGGUGAGGCUCGAGGCGUGGCGCUUGAAGUCGGCGUGCGAGCCGGCGGAGCACAAGUGGAACAACCAGUUCUAACGCCGCGCGCGAGGGGUGUGCUUGUAUUAACUAUAUGGUGUGCUGA